AUGGACGUGGAAAGGUUGAUGCAAGAUCUUUCGGUAGAUCAACUUCAGAACAUCUAUUCAAACCUUACGCUCGAGAUGGAAGAGAAGAAAGAGGAAUUGCGACAGAUGGUCGGACGUCGUUAUCGGGACGUAUUGGAUGCGUCCAGCUCGGUUCGCCGUGUCACUCAAAUUGCUGAUCAAUUUUCGUCCAAUAUUCAUCAAAUUCGAUCGGCCGCUUCUGAACGGACAAUUGAUGUGAUAGAGCAUUCCCCUGUCAUAUCGUCAUCUCUAGUUUUACGAAUCACCACCCUGAUUAAACUAUAUCAUCUGGGUGGAGAACGAGAAGACCGAAAGUAG